AUGAAUCUGGUGGAGAUCUCCUUUGCCAUCCUGUUUCCACUGCAAGUAGUCCUGGGGGUCUUGGAGAAUGUAGACCUCCUCUUACUCUCUGUCAGCUCCAGCCUGAGGUCCAUUGAGCAGAUCCUCACCCAUCUGGCUUUGGCCAACACCUUGGUCCUUCUUAGCAAGGGUAUCCCGGAGGCCAUGGAAGCUUGGAGAAUAAAAAAAUUCCUGGACGCUAUUGGUUGCAAAAUCCUCAUUUACUGUUCCCGGGUGGGCCGUGGCCUGUCCAUCUGCAUGACCUAUCUCCUGAGUGUCUUCCAGGCCAUCACCAUCAGUCCAGGCACCUCCUUCUGGGCCACACUCAAAGCCAAGGCCCCGAUGUGCAUCACACCCUCUUGUCUCCUCUUCUGGAUCCUCAGUCUGAGCCUGGAUGUCCCUUCCCUGAUGUACAUAACCGGUCCCAAGAACAAGACCAAUACUCGAAAUAUAUUCAAUUUAAUAUACUGUUCCUCAGUCAGUCUCCCCUCAGGAGUCACCCAUGGACUUUCAACUGUUUUCAUUCUCUGGGACCUGAUCUUUGUGGAGCUCAUGAGUGCAGCCAGUGGCUAUAUGGUAUGUGUCCUGCGCAGACACCACCGACUGGUCCACCAUCUUCAUGGAUCCAGCCACUCUCCCAGAGUGAUGCCCGAGGUGAGCGCAGCUAAGAGAGUCAUUGCCCUGGUGACUCUAUAUGUCCUCCUUUAUGGAAACAACACAAUCACAUUGAAUGCUUUACUGGACAACAAGAUAGAUUCUCCCCUCUUGUUGAAUGUCCACAUGACUCUGUCACUCUUUUUCCCCACUGCUGUGGCCGAGCCCUAUGCAGCCAAGAGAGACGUUGUACUGGCUCUGAUGGGAGGAGCCUACUGGGACAGACUCCUCCUUAUGGGAGCUUGGUCUUUGCUGUUUCUGGCAGAACAGUGCCAGGUCUGA